AUGUGGAGGCGAGGGAGGUUCCGGCACGUGAGCCACAGCCUGCAGAGUUGCCCUCUGGGGCUGCGGGCGGCGAUCCCUCCAACCCGAAGGCCGCAGCGGUGGUGGAGCCCGGCACAUUGCCGGCUGCUGAGGCGCAGGGGCGCGCAAAGGAGCCUGACGGUGGCGUUCACUCCGCUGCUGCCUCGCCGCCCUCCGCUGCCGCAGCCCGCUCACCGGACGAGGCCGUUACCGCAAAAGAAAGUGACGCGGAGGCGGCGGCGGAGGAGGCGGCGGGAGCAGCUGCUGCGGCCCCCGAUGUGCCUGCGCCGCCCACCCUGA